UCAAUAUGGCUGCGUAUUGUUGGUGAUACAUUUUUAUUUAAAUCAGUGUAAAUCUAUUUUGCCGUUGAACGAAAAAAAUUUUUUUUUGAUUAACAUUUUUUUAUACUAAAUCGUUAGUAUAUUAAACAUUUUCAUCAAUACUCUAAAAUAUAUGCAAUUUAAUUGUUGAUCUAAUAUCUGAUUUUGAUUGAAAUUAUAUCUCUGAAGAAUGUAUAACCCAACUCAAGAACCUGAUAUUCCCGCUGCAUUAUCAAAACUGCAUAAUUUAAGUAAUGAUGAACUUAAAGAACUGCUGAAUGAUGAAGGAAAGUUUGAAGAUAUUGUAAAACAUGUUCAACAGUUUAAAGAACUGGAAACAGAGAAAGAAAUGUUGAUGGCAAGUAAUCGUUCACUCGCUGAAUAUAAUUUAUCAAAACAACCAGAGUUGGAUGAAGGUAAAAAGACAUUGCAUGAACUUGGAGAGAGGGGUACUGCAAUGUGUAGCAGUGUUCAAGAGAAAUUGAGUAUUAUAAAAGAAAAAUCAGGUUCAAUGUCGAUUGACACAGCAAUGGAACUUUUACAAGCAGCAGCUGCAGAAUGUGAAGAAGAAUCUGAGAAAUUAGCUGAGAAAUUUUUAUCUGGUGACUACGAAGUGGACGAAUUCUUGGAACAGUUUUUAACACGACGGAAACUAAUGCAUCUUCGUAAAGUUAAAGUUGAUAAAAUGAGAGAAUUGAGAAGGAAAGCACCAUUAAAAACGUCUAGUGGAGGACCUGGUUAUCCAACAAAUACCAAUUUUCCUGGAAUAAUACCUUCAGUUCCUUACCCCACAGGUUCAGUCUCAAUGCCAAUGCCAAUUUCCCCUAAUUAUCGACCAUUUAUUUAACUGUAGCUCGACUUUAUUUAAUAAUUGAUUAAUUCAAUUAUCAUUUGUACAUUUAUUUUGAAUAGUUCGAAUAUUAUUCAGAUAAACUAAAUGAUAUUUUAAUCCUAAA